UGUGGUUUCACCUGCAAAAAAAAUGUAAACAAACAAUGUCCGAGGAGUUAAGUCGCAUUUUUCAAGAUUUAAGAGUUAAUUAUGCCGCAAAUGUGCAAUGGAUUGAUGUGGAGGAAUAUUUGUACGGCGAAGAAGCUAGCGAUGAGGUGUGGCAUGAACGCGCUAUUAAAUUCUGGUCGCUUCCCAUGUGCAGGGCAAACAUUUCAAAACAGGAGAAUGAGUUGUCGCAACUUCGCGAGUUGUCAGUGAUUAUUCGCAGGAUACGUGAAGCCAAUCAGCCCACCUACAAUAGUACCCAUGACAAUUGGGCAAACCUCAUUAACGUCUCGCCGGCUGAUGCCUAUCUAGCAUAUAUUUACACCCUAGUCAGCCUAGCCAAUCCUCCGGAACACAUCCUAAAAGCAGCACCCAGUGGCCUUAAUAGAAACCUUAACCUGCAGCUGGCAAUUAACGCAGUUAGCACUUACUUUCUUACGCUUACUAUUCCGGGGGCGAAGAGCUUCGGUAUCUUCGAUCAGGACAUUAUUGAGCAAGUGUUGAAAGUGUUUAAGCUGCUGGAACUGAAUGGAUACCGAAACGAACGAACAAUUUGGAUGUAUUUUUUGACCGUAUGUGAUGAUCUGAAAUUGGUAUUCCGCUAUGUACAUUUUAAGGAGCAUCUACAGCCUCGUGACAAGAUCAUUCGAUGUCUGAUGGAGAUUUUAUACAACAACUUCAAGCUGGGCUAUCCCAAUCCCUGCGCUGCCACUUUGCACACCAAAUGCUAUGAGCUGUUUGAGGAAAUAGCCACGGAACACAAUGGCGACGUUUACGAGACAUUACAAUUGAUAUUGCGGCAAUCUUUUCCUAUGCACAUCUAUGCAGAUAGCCCACCGAUUGUGGGUGGUAGUCGGCGAGGUGGUGCCAUGAAGAGUGGUGAACAUAUAUCCGAUUGCUAUAUCAAUCUAAUUGGAAAAUAUCCGGACAUAAUGACGCGUAUCUUGCAUUUCUACAUUGAAUGUGUUGUCACGAAUCCUAUAAAAGCGUGGAAGAGCACGGAUGAAAAGGUAGCCAUUGGAUAUGCAGCCAAAUACGAUGGAGCGCUUUUUGCCAAGUGCAAUAAAUCAUGUACGGACUUUAUUAUAGAGGCUAUUAAGGCAGAUGAUGCUGUUGGAAUACAAACCAGAGCCCUCGAUCUUGCCGAGCGUAUAUUGCAACAUCAAACUGAAGUCCAGUGGAGCAUUUUUCGCUAUGAAGUAUCCAAAGUGCCACGAGAGGUGGGACUUAUAAGGGAAGUGAUGCGAUCCCUUAACGAUCGAACGUUUACGGUGCGACGCAAGGCAUGUCAAAUGUUGAUUAUGGCCCUCAAACAGGGCUCGCCCAUGACCAAUAAAAUAUUGGAUGAGAGUAUACGAUUUGUUCAAUUCGAGGACGAUGACGUUGAGACACUUAACGAACCAGGUGCCCAUCAGAAUGAACUGCGUUUCGAGAAGCCAGGGAUUGUACAAUAUGCAUUCAGUUUCGAAGGUCAUGAAGCUCUUGAGACAGAAGUCAAGAAUUUACCUCAAAUUAUCUAUCAGCGUUUUCUAAACUCCGAUAAUGGCUUGGCACGUGCAGGUGGUAUUGCCUUGCUGGAACGCCUUAUCCUAAUUAAUCCCUUGAUCAUUUAUAAUACGAAUUUUGUGCGGGAAACUUCGUUACUGGCUGUGGAUAGAUUGGCUUCAGUAAGGAAAUCAGCUCUCGAAAUGAUUGAAACUCUAUUGCAGACUUAUUCCAAUUGUUUUGCUCUAAUUUGUGUAUAUUGUCGCAUAUGGGCAUGUCUGCUCAGCGAUGAAGAUGUCGCUCUGCAGAAGCAAGCCCUGCAGAGUUUUAAUCAAGUUGUUUUGAAGAAUAUACAACCUAUGGAGUAUUCUAAUGAGCCGAGACAUUUUAUGCCUUGGCGAAUUGUUGGCACAUUGUUAAUGACCCAACCGCGGGCAUAUCUUCAAGAACGUUUUGCCAUGCUACUGGAUAAAGAACCAAUAGUCACACCCAAACUGAUUGAUGUAAUCAUCUCUCAUUUAUCCACUUCAACGGCAACAGAAGCUUGGGCUCUAUUGCUGUUUUUGUCCAGUCGGAUAACCAACAAAUUGGAUGCUUUAAUCAGUAUUUUUAAUGGCUUAUCCUCGUACAGCAUGAAGACUAAUCAAUUGUUAGCAUUACAAUUGAUUAUCUGCUGUCUGGCCAACUUUUCCAAGCCAGCACUGAAUCAACUAUUUGAGCGACUUUUGACGGCAUUGCGUUCGGGAAGCAUUUGGUUGGGUCUCAUAUCGAGUGCAAUAAAUCUUCUGAAUCAAAUUCAUUACUUAUCGCUCAGCCAAGCCCCAUCAAUGGGCUCCGAUGUUGCUAAUUGGCAAUUAGAGUUACUUGAAGAUCUAAGAGAUGAGAUUGUGUCUUGUGCGGGCAAUUUUCAAGAGGAAUACACACGUCUACAGUGCCUCUUGGGUGCCUAUACGGAAAUUAUUGUAAUGCUGCCACAGGAUGUGGAUGAACGCGUUGUCGGCAUUGUAUUCAAGUAUCUGCAGGAAUGCACCAAAUUGAAUGAAUCUCAGUUCGACACCGACAACGAACGCAUGACAAACUGGAUGAUUGUCAUUGCGGGUCGCCUGUGCCUGCGUGACAAUCAUCUGGCCAAUAGCUUGGCUCGCAUAUUUAAAGUCAUUUUGACGAAAAAUGAUAGACCACAGAUUAUAAAUACGACACUAAUUGCCCUCAAUGAUCUCGGCCAGAAGCAUCCAUCGAUUUUGGAAAACAAUUUUCAAUGCAUUCUUGGCAAACUUAAUUCAAACUUUGCCAUGACUCGUGUCAGGACAUUUCGUUGUGUAAAGGAUGUAAUUCUUUCGGGCAACAUUAAGCUAAAGGGUCCCAUUUUGACAUCUCUGCUGGCAAGUUUAGUGGAUGAAAGUCCCGAAGUGGCUCGAGAGGCGGAUGCAUUUUUCAUACGCUAUAAGCGUUUGUAUGAUAAACUUUUGUUUGAACAUUGCCUCAAGGAGUGCCCGUUCGACUUGAAUGAUCAGUCCAUGUUGAGGGGAGUGCAAUCGGACUCGAAAUAUCAAUCACCACUCAAGGGUGAGGAUAUGACUAGAAAUCGAAGACUAUUAUAUAAUCAUAUCAUAUCAACCAUUGAAGACAACAAACUGCUUAUGUACUUUGGACAACUUAAAUUAUUGGCAGAGAAAACCAAGGAUAAGGCAUUUGUCACGUCUCCUGGCUCUUUGGCUGUUGUUCAGGAUAUGCUUUUCAUAAUGCGUCGAAUUUGCUUCCACACAAAAGGCAAGAAAGCAACCAGCUCACGUGGCGAUGGCGAGAAUAGUGAUGAGGGCGAGGAGGAAUCUGCCCCACCGCCACCACCCACACCGUCGCCAUCAGCAGCGGCGGCAUCAACACCAGAGAAUGUAACCUCUAAAGGCCGGGGUCGUGGUUCUCGUCAACGCGACGCUUUGGAGGAGCCUUUGAAGCAACUGGAACGCUGUUUACGUUAUGUAGAAGAAACAUAUCGAAAUCUUCUGCCCGUCAUGAAUCCACAAUUACAACAUUCAUUUGACAAUCUAUGCCGGGCCAUGGCUAUGCGUUUCCCCACCUACAUUGAGUUUGCUCAACCAUUGGAGUUUUGGCAAAAGUUUCGCGGCGGCUCCAAGACACCGAAAAGAAAGCCACGAAAAGGCCAUCAACGUAACGAAGAUGAUGAGGAUCUUGAUCCAGAUGUAGAAAAUGAGGCCACGGAGCAGUCACAAUUGGCCGAAGGCUUUAGUGAUAGCGAUAACGAACUACCGCUGGAACGUCACAAAGCAGCUCCCGCAAAAACAAGAUUGGGCCAACGUAAAACCAGCUGCGAUAUGCUAGUUACGGAACUUAUUUUCCAACCACCCGACUGGUAGAAUUAUAAGAUCACGAAUUCCAUAAAUUUGUGUAUAAAAAGAAUACUAAAUGAGUAUUUCGUUAUGGACUCUA